GACGUUCUCCUCUUGUAAUUCCACACGCACAACGGCGUGUGCGCACACCGUAUUAUUAUUAUUAUGCCCGUCGUUGUCUGACCGGAAAACACGAUCCAAUCUCGAGAACGCGUCCGGGUAUCAACAGUUGUCAUCGAGAUGAAGAAGCGUGAAGAAAUGCAAGUUAAUGUUGCUGGACUAAGGAGAAAUAUUAAAAACAUAGCACAUAAUUACUCUGAUGCUCAGGUAAAAGUGCGAGAAGCCACUAGCAAUGAUCAGUGGGGUCCAAGCAGUACGCUAAUGGCUGAAAUUGCCGACUUAACUUAUAAUGUAGUUGCCUUUUCUGAAAUUAUGGCCAUUCUUUGGAAACGACUUAAUGAUCAUGGACGUAACUGGCGACAUGUUCAUAAAGCACUUAUUCUUCUAGAAUAUUUAAUAAAGACUGGCAGUGAAAAAGUUGCCCAACAAUGCAAGGAAAAUCGUUUUGCUAUUAAGACAUUAGAAACAUUUCAACAUAUAGAGGACAAUAAAGAUAAAGGACAGAGAGUAAGAGACACAGCUACACAACUAGUAGCUUUAUUAGAUGAUGAUGAACGAUUAAAGACCGAACGAGCACGUGCAAUUAAAGCAAAAGAACGAUCUGCACAAAAAAUUUCUAGUUUUGGCAGUGAUGGAAAUACAACUCCACAAAGUCCUAAGUAUCCAUUGUUCCGAGAUUCCUAUGGUUUAUAUGAUACACGACCUCCUGUUAAAGCGGAACUAGAAAGUGCUCGUCCACAGACUGUUGGUGAAGAAGAAUUACAAUUACAACUAGCUUUGGCUAUGUCUAGGGAAGAAGCUGAACAAGAAGAGCAAAAAAGACGUAGCGAUGAUGUGCGGUUAAAAUUGGCGCUGUCUCAAAGUGAAAAUGAAUUCAAUAGUGGUUCAGAAUCUGGAGCUAAUAGUAGUAGUGGCAAGAGCAGUAAUAUGUUGGACCUAUUGGGAAUUGAUCUAGACAAUGAUGCAGAUCAAAAUGGUGCAACAGGAACAACAGCAGACCCAUGGGGUAUGCCAAUAAAAACUCAACCACAGCCUUUAAAUUGGUCUAAUGGAGAUUUAAAUAACGGAACGCCGGGCCGAGCUGUUGACCCUUGGUCACCUGUUACACAAAAACAAAAUGCCACUUCUUCUACUCAUGUACUGCCAAAUGCAAACAAUAGUGCACAUCCUUGGUUAUCGCAAAACACAUCAGCUGCAGCAAUUGCUCCACCAGACCCUUGGGCUCCUGCGACAAUUUCUCAACCUUUAAGCAAACCAAAUCAAGAAUUUGAUGAAUUUGCUCUUUUAGGAAAUCGAUCAUUACAAGCAAAACCUACCUCGGAUCCAUUUGACCUAUCCCAUUUAAAUAACGAACUACUAGGAACUUCACAAACCUCAACGUCUGGUAAAAAGACACCACAUAGUUUCUUAGGGGAAAAUUCUGCUUUAGUAAAUUUGGAUAACCUAGUGACAGCUCCUAUUAAUCCAGCACCAGUUGCACAAAUUCGACUGCCUGGCAUGGCAAAUCCAUUUGGUUUAACACCACAACCUCCAUUUGCCAAUCAACCAACAGCUCCAUCUGCAUUCAGUGGUCCAACUACUUCAACUUUGCCACCACCACUUGUGCCGUCACCAAAUCCGUUUCUGUCGUAGCAAAAUUAAAGGACUUUUAUAAUCAAUUACCAAACGAUUAACAAUAACAAAGUUAUAUUUUUUUAUAAUUGUUUCCAAUUUCCAGUAAUGUUAUGUUUGAGCAUCUUCUUAUUUAACGUGUAAAUAAAUUAAGAAAAAAAAGAGCUUGGAAAAAUUAAUUUGGGCUUUAACAAUAAUUAUAAUAAAUACUUACUAUUAUAACUUAUAAUAGUAAUAAAGUUAUUUAAUUACAAACACAAAUUACUAUUGUGUAUAGAGAUGUGAAAAAAAUUAUAAAUUUUUCAACAAUAAUUAAAAUAUUUUGUAUUUUUACAGACCGUUUAAAAUAUCUUAGUACUUUUGAUAGAUACAUAAAAAGAAGCUACUUCAUAAUGCGUAUCAUUAGCAAUUAUUAUUAGAAACAAUAAUUUAUUACCAAUGAUUUUCAAAAUAUGGAAUUAAUAUGUAAGGUAUACUAUUUAAUCGCAAUAUUGAGCUCAACGUGUUUAAAAUAAAAAAAUUAAAUUAAUUUAUUAUUGUUAAACGCACUGAAUAUAUACCUUUUUUAUACAUAAAUAUAAUAAAUAUAUAACUUAGAUUUUAUUUAUAGACGUUCCGAUUUUGAAAUGCCCGCUAUUUAUGUCACGCGUAUUUUUCUAUGUAAAUAAAAAUAGUGGGUGUGAAAACGAGUGAGAGAUGUAUUGUAUUUUUUUAAACAAUUUUAAAUCCGCGUAGUUUUUAUUUAAUUAAUUUUGUGACAUUGCCUGUGGUACAUUAUAUUGUAAAACUUAAAGCUAUGUUGAUAAUUAUUAUAAUAUUAUCAUCAAUUGGUUUUUAUAACAAUAAUUGUUUUAUUAUUCAAUCAUUUAUUAUUGCCCGGUGUAUUUAUAAUACCUAAAUAUAUAUAUUAUUUUAUUUUGUUACAGUAA